AUGUCGGCCUCUCCCUCGAAGGAACCUGAGGUGGAACCUGAAGUUCAAUCAGGUGAAGAGCAAGAGCACAUGGACAAGGAACAGCAGGACACUCAAGGCCAGGGGGAAUUUGAGGUGAAAGAGCAGGACAGAUGGUUGCCCAUUGCAAAUGUGGCUCGCAUCAUGAAACUAGCUCUCCCCGAUAAUGCCAAGAUUGCAAAGGAAGCCAAAGAAUGUAUGCAAGAAUGCGUGAGCGAGUUUAUCUCGUUCAUCACGAGCGAAGCGUCGGAAAAAUGCCAGCAGGAGAAACGCAAAACUGUCAACGGGGAAGACAUUUUGUUUGCCAUGACUUCGCUUGGGUUCGAAAACUACGCGGAGGCACUGAAAAUCUAUUUGUCAAAGUAUCGUGAGACGCAAUCCGCGAGGGGAGAACACCAAAACCGGCCAACAAGUAGCGGAUAUGGCACUGGCGGGCCCGUGGGAGCCGUGGGGGCAGGUCCAGGUGGACGUCCAGGGCCGCCGUUUGAUGGUGCCCCCGAAAGUGCCAACAGUAUGAUGAACCCAGGCUUGGAUUCUGCAGAACAGGAUACUGCUGCCUAUGGCUAUCCGCCCAUGGUCGGCCAGCAUCACAAUGGUACCGGCGGUGACACCUAUUAG